CAAAAGUAAUUUCUGGAUAGCCCGGCUGUAAUAAACAUACUAGAAAUUACCACUUGUUCUUGCUUAAGUUAUUCUUGUGUGGUCACUCAAAAAGGUGAGGAGGUUGUAGAACACGCAUGUGCAGAUGUGGGUUGGCACAUGAUGUUUGUGUUUGGAUAAACACAAUAUACACAAACAUAUCCAACCCAAAAAUUUAUUUUACAGAUAAACACCGAGUUUUUGCAAUGUGCGAAUUUCCUGAUUGGCGACAUACACGUAGACACGCAGCGACACCUAGUCUUUGCAACGCCGACGCAACUUAACAUUCUGGGAAACACAAAACGUUGGUUUUGCGACGGAACCUUCAAGAUCGUCGCUGCUCCCUUUCACCAAAUGUGGCCAUACAUGGAUUCAUUCGGAAAGAAGACAGCAUAAAGCAAGUUCCAUUGGUGUUCUGCCUGAUGUCUAGGAGGAAGACAAGAGACUAUGUGGUGGUAAAUAUUUAUAUUAAUUAUUCACAUUCUAUUCUCUCUCAAUCGUCAAUAGCAUUUCAUCCAGUGAGUUGCCAUUAACGUCACAGCUGUCAAACACAUUUACUUUAUAUAAAAUCUGUUUUAUAAAUGAAAACUCAGAAGGUACGGUAAUGCCUCAUACUACAGGUAUUCCAGAAGUUGAAAGAAUUCAUCCCUGGUCCACAACCACAGGUACAAGCAUUUGUGAUGGUCUUCGAAAAAGGUGCCUGGAAAGCAGUACGCCAGGAAUUCCCAGAGGCAAGCGUGAAGGAAUGCGCAUUUCACUUUGCGCAGGAUGUAUGGCGCAAAACACAGGAGCUUGGCCUGAAGUCAACAUACAGUCUCCAUGGGCAAAAGUACCGGUGCAUAAGGAGUCUUAUGGCCCUCCCUUUCUUGCCUGCAGCUGACAUUGGGCCAGCAUUUGAGCACCUGCAGAGUAGGGCGUCAUCAUCUCCAUUACAGCAGCUGGUACGAUAUAUCAGUGAGAGCUGGCUCACAAGUCCAGUGUGGAAGCCAUCUAACUGGAAUGUCUACCAGCUAAGCAUCAGGACAAACAAUGACGUUGAAGGGUUGAUGAAGAUCAUGUACACCCUUGCUAAAAAGCACCAGAGUGUAUCUUCUGGCAACGUUCUGGACUUCGUAGAUUGGUGCACAGACCUGGGGGCAGACUACUUAACAUCAAUCCACCAAGGAGCAAAUGCACAGUACACCAGCGAGAGGGUGAUGCAAGAACUACUUGCUGUACUGGCAGGAACUCUUCGAGAUUCCAUCUUAGCCGAUGCCCGCCAGAGUCCAGUGUUUGGAGUGCAGGCCGACGAGACAACUGAUGUAUCUGUGAAGAGUCAGGUCGUCUCAUACAUUCGUUACAUGAAGGCAUAUGGCAAAUAUAUCACAGUGACACACUGUCAUUGGGGCACAGUCAUCAAGACCAGCUUCCUCGGCAUCCGUGAGUUGCGUGAUGGCAAGGCACAGACUGUCCAUGCUAAAGUUGUGCAAAUGUUAACUGAAGCAGACUUGGACAUGGAGCAUAGACUUUCAGGAUUUACAAGUGAUGGUGCAGCUGUGAUGUGUGGGCGCAAGGCUGGUGUGGAGGCUCGGCUCAAAGAGACAGUGCCAUGGAUGCUGAGUUACCACUGUGCAAACCACCGCACAGCCUUGGCUGCCGCCCAUGCAUCAGAUGCAGUGCCUGCCGUCAAGAAGGCAAAGGAAUCUCUGGGCCACAUCUUCCGCUUCUUCAGUUACAGCGCUGUUCGCACUGAAAACCUCAAGGAAAUUCAGAGAGUACUCAAUAUGCCAGUGGUGAAGAUUCAGCAAGCCAAAGAUGUACGGUGGCUUUCACACCAUCAGGCUGUCACCGCCAUGCUCAAGUGCUACCCAGCCGUCAUAACAACCCUGGAGUAUGAGGCAGAGGAACGUAACUGCCCAACAGCUCGUGGCUUGGCUCACCAGCUUAGAACAUUCAACUUCGUGGCCUUCUUGCACAUGAUGGCAGAUGUACUUCCCCCCUUGAAGAUCAUGACGCAACUCUUCCAGGCGCACACAGAGGUGCACGCCGAGGAGGAGGCCGACGAGGCGCACAUAGAGGUGCACGCCGAGGAGGCCGACGAGGCGCACAUAGAGGUGCACGCCGAGGAGGAGGGCGACCAACCUGGGACAAGUGGGACCAGCAAAAAAAGAAAAUCGACAAUGACCUUGGAGGAAAUACGGGCAAGCCUGGACAAAAAAACGACAGUACCUUUGUUAAACAACUUGCUGCUAUUGAAGUGUGAAGAUGAUGACGCCUAUGAGAAACAGACACGAUUUGAAGGAAAAUUUAACACCUUGGACUUAACCGAGAUGCGCACUUCGAGAAUCACUGGGAAGUACUGCAUUACACUCUCACAUGUUACAGUUCGAAAACACGUAUAA